AUGUCAAAUGUCACCUUGACUGCAGAUUUGAUGGUCUUAACUAUUGGUAGAAGAUGAGACCAUGGGUCUUCCUUUCCAUUGAUGGGGCUUCCACUUGAAAUGAAGAUAAUGAAGCUUAGUAAACUCUGCACUGGUUUCCUCUUCCUUCUGUACGUGUCCUCCAGCUGCUGACAACUACAUGUGCCUUUCGGUGUGUGUGUGCACCUCCUGAGAGGAAUUUAUUCUCCACAUGCAUCCUGUCUUAGCUGUCUGCUUGGGUACCCCUGCAUUGGCACAACCAGGCAAGACGUCUGAGGGCCAAGACAAUGGUUUUCCUCCCCAAGCUCCGCCGUUUGCAAAGGGAGCAGAGGGGCCUCGUGAGGGGAGAGCAGUAAACGGUGCUGGGGAGCAUGAAAAACCCAUUCCCCAUGGGGACUGGAAAUCAGAACGCAGACCAGACAAAAAAGAUGCUGGGAGAGACGGGUCAAGGACAAUGAUGGGAGAAAGAGUCGGGCCGCCAAAACAUUUUUCAGAUGAUCGCUCUGACCGACAUAGCCGAGAUUCUCGCGAUAGCUGGAGCAGUGGAUACGAUAAGAGAGGACUGAAUCAGACCAGAGAUAGUCGUGAUUGGUCUGGAGACCAUGGCCGUAAAAUGGACGGGGACAGAAGCUGGCCAAAUAGCCAUUCUGGGCAAGGUCAUAUGAGCCGUGGAGGAAUGUCAGGUCGUGGAAGCUACAUGCAAGGAGGAAGUUCUCAGGGCGUUUCAGGGACUGUGAGCCGGCCAAGCCAAAUGAUGCCGGGUGGUGGAGUGCAAGGAGGGGCUUUUGGACGACGCUAUUAAUUGUUAUAAAUUGUGUCCGCUGUGUAGUAUGGGGCAACAAAUCCUCUGGUGUGUGUUUUUUUUUUUUUUUUCUUUUUUUUUUUUUUUAUUCUGCUGCCUAUUUAGCUACAGAGCAAUAUGAAUGAAACAUGACUUUUUUUUUUGUUUUCCCCCUUUUCUGAAGGGGUGCACGAACUUAUGUAACAAAUUAAAAAAUUGUUGUAAUUUUGUUUUUAAAAUACUUCCAUUCAUAUUUCUGAACACUUGUCAUUCCACAUAGGCAUUGUUUUAAAUCAAUAAAUGCACAGAUGAGUCGGUGUAUAGCUGUAAA